UCCCAAGCGAAUUUACCGAGCUUUUGCUUUUGGUUAUUAGUUGGUUUCCAUUUCUUUCGUGGAUGGUUGAUCAUCGCGAUGCUAUUUAUGUAAACAAACUACUGGACCGGGUUUCGUGCGCGAUUCGCCGGUGCCAGGCAUAAUUCGCGUGAGACAAACAGUUACACGGUCUUUACGUCGCCAAAGGUUGGACUUAUCGUUAAAUCUUAACGAGGGUGAGAUGGCGGAUUCCGACGAGGAGAGCGAGAAGGACCUGGCGUCCGGUCUCAACAUCACCGGCUUCCUUUUCGGCAACAUCGACGACAACGGUCAGCUGGAGGACGAUAUCUUGGAUCCCGAAGCCAAGCAACAUCUAGCCUCGCUCAGUCGUCUCGGUCUAAGCUCGUUCAUCAGCGAGAUGAUGUCCAGUGACAGCAACGCCGAGGAGAAGGAGAAUGACAAAGCGGACGACAAGCAGGAUAAGCAGAGCGCAACUGCCAACGACGCCGAUGUAGAUUACCUGGCGAAAGCACCCACCGCCCUAGAUUUUUCGGAUAUAAACGAGUUGGCGGACGACAUAAAUGAUGAGAUCUCCAAGAGCAAUGGACUUGACAAGAGAGCGGACAAGGAGAAUGUAGAUUACGAUGCCGACGACGAGGAGGUCGUCAGCAAAUCGGACACGCAACUGAUGCCACCGCCGCCAAUACCGGAGGAGAAGGAGGCAUUGACUGCGGAGGAAGCGGAGGCAGCGCGCCAACGUAGGCUGGAGACGCCCCUCGCUUCCAUGCUGCCGUCCAAGUACGCCAAUAUCGACGUCACCGAGCUGUUUCCGGACUUUCGCACCAAUAAGGUUCUCAGAUUCUCACGAUUGUUCGGCCCGGGGAAGCCGAGCAGCCUGCCGCAGAUAUGGAGGGGCGUGAGAAAGCGACGCAAGAAGAAGAGGCAUCAGGAUGUCAGAGAUUCCGAUUCUGGCUCCGAUCAGGAUGACAAGAAGCCCAAAUUUAAGGGUUGGAACAUGCAGUACGGUCCUGAACCGAGUGCGGAGGCAUGUCGCUCGGAUGACGAGACCAAGCUGCUGCGACCGGUAGAGGACAAGGAGCAGACUGGUAAGACGGGCGAGAGUGGCGAGAACGGCGACAUGGGACCCAAGGUUGCUGACUGGAGGUUUGGACCAGCUCAAUUGUGGUACGACAUGCUGGAAGUGCCGGAAACUGGAGAUGGUUUCAACUACGGCUUCAAGACCGUUGAAAAAGUGGAAGACCAAGAGAGCGGCAAACUGGAGGCCAAGGCUGAGGAGUUCGCAGACGAUGCGUUCCUGAUGGUAUCUCAGCUGCAUUGGGAGGACGACGUAGUCUGGAAUGGUGACGACAUUAAGCACAAGGUGAUGCAGAAGUUAAAUAGCAAGAAUAACGCUGCCGGCUGGGUACCAUCAAGUGGCAAUAGAACUGCGCAAGCCUUCAGUCAGCCCGGAAAAGGUGCCCCUGUUAAUGUAGCACCGAACGUUAGACUGGCCACCUCGCAAAUUACAACUCCGUUGCACAUGCAAUCUCAAAAGAACAAGAUGAACAUGGGUAAGGGGAAUCAACAGCAGCAGCGGGAGGAGGACGACACUUGGUAUUCGAUAUUCCCGGUGGAAAAUGAAGAGCUCGUUUACGGUUUGUGGGAGGAGGAGGUGAUUUGGGAUCCCGAGAGUAUGAAGAAGAUCCCGAAACCGAAGAUACUCACGCUGGAUCCGAACGACGAGAAUAUAGUUCUGGGCAUACCGGACGACAUUGAUCCCGCUCUUCUCCUCAAAGACAACGCUCCGCAGCCCAAGGUGAAAAUUCCGCAUCCGCAUGUCAAGAAGAGCAAGUUGCUGCUGGGCAAAGCGGGCGUCAUCAACGUCCUCGAGGAGGACACGCCCCCGCCACCGCCUAAGUCGCCCGACCGGGAUCCGUUCAACAUAUCAAACGAUACAUAUUACAUGCCCAAGUCCUCGGAAACUACGUUGCGGUUGAAGGUCGGCGGCGGCAAUCUGAUACAGCACAGCACGCCAGUGGUGGAGCUGCGCGUUCCUUUCGUACAAACGCACAUGGGUCCGAUGCGACUGAGGAACUUUCACAGGCCACCGUUGCGAAGGUUCAGCCACGGGCCGUUGGCUCAUCCAGGACCGCAUGGUGUUCUACCGCUGCUGAAGCACAUUAAGAAAAAAGCUAAGCAACGAGAGCAAGAGAGAAUUGCCUCUGGCGGUGGCGACGUGUUCUUCAUGAGAACACCCGAGGACCUGACCGGACGAGAUGGCGAAUUGGUGCUCGUCGAAUUUUCGGAGGAGCACCCGCCGCUCAUGAAUCAGGUCGGCAUGUGCUCCAAAGUAAAGAAUUAUUACAAGAGGCGGGCCGGCAAGGAUCAGGGGCCACAGACGUACCGAUACGGAGAGACGGCUUACGCUCACACCAGCCCCUUCCUCGGAAUUCUCACGCCCGGCCAGAGUAUCCAAGCGGUCGAGAACAACAUGUACAGAGCUCCACUUUACGAGCACAAAAUUCCCGAGACCGAUUUCUUAGUCAUAAGAUCAAGACAGCAAUAUUAUAUUAGAGAAGUGGAUGCGUUGUUUGUUGCCGGACAGGAAUGCCCGCUCUAUGAAGUACCUGGACCCAACUCGAAGAGAGCGAACAACUUCGUGCGAGAUUUUCUACAGGUGUUCAUAUACAGAUUGUUCUGGAAGUCGCGCGACACCCCUCGACGAAUCAAGAUGGAUGAUAUAAAAAAGGCCUUCCCGUCUCACAGCGAGAGUAGCAUCAGGAAGAGGUUGAAGCUGUGCGCUGACUUUAAAAGAACCGGCAUGGAUUCCAAUUGGUGGGUGAUAAAACCGGACUUUCGAUUGCCAACGGAGGAGGAGAUCCGCGCUAUGGUGUCGCCGGAGCAGUGCUGCUCUUAUUUCAGCAUGAUCGCGGCCGAGCAGCGUCUAAAGGACGCCGGAUACGGCGAAAAGUUCCUGUUCACUCCGCAGGACGACGACGACGAGGAUAUGCAGCUGAAGAUGGACGACGAGGUGAAGGUGGCACCGUGGAACACGACGCGCGCCUACAUCCAAGCCAUGAAAGGAAAGUGUCUAUUGCAGUUGGCGGGUCCAGCCGAUCCGACUGGGUGCGGCGAAGGUUUCUCUUAUGUCAGAGUACCGAAUAAACCGACUAUUAGCAAGGAAGAGCAAGAAGCUCAGCCGAAGAGAACUGUAACUGGUACAGACGCGGACUUGAGAAGACUGUCCUUGAACAAUGCAAAAGCGCUACUGCGAAAAUUCGGUGUGCCUGAGGAGGAGAUCAAGAAGUUAUCGCGUUGGGAAGUAAUCGACGUGGUGCGAACUCUGUCGACGGAAAAGGCGAAGGCCGGCGAGGAGGGCAUGACGAAGUUUUCACGCGGCAAUCGCUUUUCAAUCGCCGAGCACCAGGAGCGCUACAAGGAGGAGUGCCAACGUAUCUUCGACCUACAGAAUCGCGUGUUGUCGUCAAACGAAGUGUUGAGCACAGACGAAGGCGAGAGCUCGGAAGAGGACAGCUCGGAUAUCGAAGAAAUGGGUAAGAACAUUGAGAAUAUGUUGUCGAACAAAAAGACGAGUACGCAGCUAUCGCUGGAGCGAGAGGAGCAACAGCGGCACGAAUUACGGAAGAUGCUGAUGGGCGAGGCGCAGGAGCAGGAGAGCAAGAAGGGCAAGGAGAGCAAGAAGAAGGACGAGGAGGAGGAUAGCCCGGUUAAUAACUUCAAUGCGCAGCAAGGUCGCGUACUGAAGAUUUACCGUACGUUCCGUAAUCAGGAGGGUAAGGAGUAUACGCGAGUCGAGUUGGUGAGGAAACCUGCUGUGAUCGACACGUACCUCAAGAUCCGCAAUUCCAAAGACGAGUCGUUCAUCAAACAGUUCGCCACGUUGGACGACGCGCAGAAGGAGGAGAUGAAGCGGGAGAAGCGUAGGAUUCAGGAGCAGCUACGGCGGAUCAAGCGAAACCAGGAGAGGGAACGUAUGCACACCGGACCGGCGAUAGUGAACGGUAGCAGCAUCAACAAUUCGAGCAAUAACAUGUUUGAUCGCAGCAACACUAACACUCCACCUACCACCUCCUCGACUAGUAUCCUUCCGUUCUGUAAUUUCCAAUCCUCUACUUCUUCUGCUCCCACACCUAAGCAUCCCAAACCGGAGGUGUCCCCUCCCAAGCGUAAGAAACCUAAACUCAAGCCAGAUCUGAAGCUUAAGUGCGGCGCUUGUGGUAACGUCGGUCACAUGCGCACCAACAAGGCCUGUCCGCUCUAUCAGAAUAGCAUUGCCACAGCGCCGGUGAACGUUGCGAUGACCGAGGAGCAGGAGGAGGAAAUUGAGAAGCAGCUAAAUACCGAUGACCAGGAUCUAGUUAAUGUCGACGGCACCAAAGUGAAGCUGUCCUCGAAGCUGAUCAAGCACGCCGAGGAGAUGAAGAGACGUACAUUGGUACUCAAAGUGCCGAAGGAGGCGGUGGGUUCGAAGAAGCGCAGAAAACCGCCCACAGACGACCACUGUGACUACUUGAAACGCCAUCAGAGGCCGGUUAACAGGCGCAGAACCGACCCGGUUGUCGUAAUGUCCACGAUGUUGGAGAGCAUUCUAAACGAGAUGAGAGAUCUGCCGGAUGUGCAACCGUUCCUGUUCCCAGUCAAUGCUAAAGCAGUCCCGGAUUAUCACAAGAUCAUACAGCGGCCUAUGGAUCUGCAGACCAUACGUGAGAAUUUGAGGAUGAAAAAAUAUCAGAGCAGGGAGGAAUUCCUGGCGGAUGUUAAUCAGAUCGUGGAGAAUUCGACGCUCUAUAACGGAGCGAAGAGCUCGUUGACUGUGGCCGCCAAGAGAAUGUUGGAUACGUGCGUCGAGAGGCUGGGUGAAAGGGAGGAUCGUUUGAUGAGGCUGGAAAAGGCCAUCAAUCCCCUUCUGGACGACAACGACCAGGUCGCCCUCACCUUCAUCUUGGAUAACGUUGUCAACAACAAGUUGAAGUCCAUGACAGAAGUGUGGCCGUUCAUGAAGCCUGUGAAUAAAAAGAUGGUGAAGGAUUAUUACAAUAUUGUCAAGAGACCGAUGGACCUAGAAACAAUAUCUAAAAAAGUGUCUGCGCACAAAUACCACAGUCGUCAUGAGUUUCUUAGAGAUAUUGAGCAGAUUUUGGAGAAUUGCACGCUUUAUAAUAGCAAGGAUUCUCCGCUCACGAAUAAAGCGGAGUUGCUAGUUAAAGUGUGUAAAGACACCCUAGACGAGUACGAUGAACAUUUGACGCAAUUGGAAAACAAUAUACUGCUCGUGCAGAAACGGGCGAUGGAGCAAGCAGACAUAGAUUCUUCGUGGCUUUGUCCAGACGAGGAAAACUAUACUAUCACAGAGCCUGAAUAUAGAGGCAGCCAGACCAGCUCUCCGGAAAAUCCAUUUGGCAAAUCAAAUAUGGAUGACUUCGAUUUUGUCGAUGUGGAAGGAGAAAUGGAAGCAGACAUGGACAGGAACACGAAAAAGAAGGAUGUGCUCGAAGAAGAUCUUCAAUUCUCUAGUGAAGACGAGUUCGACGAAGUGCCAUUCGGCACGGACGAACAUUCCGAGCAAAACGAAACGGAGGCGCUGGAGCUAAGUGAAGUCAGGGAAGGUGUCGUAUUAGCGGAUGAUGACAGUCAGCAAGCCGCCGAGGCGAUGGUCCAGCUAGGCAACGUCGGCUUUUAUAUGGGCGAACAGCAGCUGCUUCAACAAGAUGAGAGCAUGGACGUAGAUCCGAAUUACGAUCCGUCAGACUUCCUGUUGGCUGGUUUGCCGGCCAGAGACGAUAAAGGCGAGAAUAAGAUCCAGGACGACCUGGCCGUUUCCGAGAGCGACGACGACGCCGAGAACACGGCUAAACAGGAGGUACAGCGGAACCAGCAGCAGCCACAACUGCCGCAGCCGGACGAGGACGACGGCGGUGACUUGUGGUUUUAAGUGCAAAAGUGUUAUUAUUUUUUAUUAAAGUAAUACUUAUACAAGUAUCGUUUAUUUACUAUACAUAUUUAAUAAGAAUUUGAGAGAUCUAGCUAAAGACUUGCGAAUUCUUAAGUCUACCUUGUAAGAUUAAAGAAUCUGGGACUUGUUCUUCGUAUAUUAUGUGCACAUAUGUAUAGGAAUCUGUAAAUAUAAAAUAAAGUAUUGUUUUGUAUCUACGA